UUGUUAUAUUAUUAGAAUUGUUUUAUUAAAAGUCAAUUAUUAAAUAUUUAGAUAACCCAAACCACUAUACUUUUGUGAUAUCAUGCCCGUCCUUUCAGGCAAUUGUUUGCUGUGCUAAAUUUCUGCAUGGGACAAAUUCCAACCCCUGCCAAAGGACCUAAUUCGUGCAGGAAGGUGCCGUCGGAAAAAAGAAAUCUACACACAUUCAAGUCCCAAAACUCUUUAACCACGUGUGCUUGGGGCCAUUGUUUUCUAAUCUACCGCACCUGUUCCCGUUUGCCUGUUGCGAGGUCGUUCGUUCAAAAUUAUGAGUAUAUCAAGCAAACUGGAGGUUGCUUUUGCCACCAACAAUGUUACUUCCGUUGUUCUAUGUAUUUUGGGGGAGAAAUCAUCAGCGUCUAUAAUGGAUCAACUGGAUGACGUUGCAUGCAGGGAUUUGCAUAAAAAUGAAUUCAAAAAUGUUACACUUAUAUUACGGGCGGUUGAACAAGUAAUCUCCAAAGACGAAGACUACAUCAACCAACUGGUCUCUCAUGGAUUAUUGAUCAAGAUGCUCACUUGGUUUGAGAUGGUUUGUGAGCAUUUAAAGGUGCAGCAGAAACCAAACAAGGCUCCUAUGCGACUCAUGGAAGUGUUCUGUGAGGUGUCUAUGAAACUUUGCCAGAGCAACACUGAAGGCAAAAUUAAGAUUUUGGAGAUUCUUAUAUUAAGGUUUGGAGCUGUUGUGAUUGAUCAAGAUGUACAUUUCAAUCUUCGUCUAGAGGCAAUUAAGACAAUAAAUACAAUGCUGGACAGCGCUCCAAAAGAAACUCGCAAAAAAAUAUGCCAGUCUGACCAUAACGCUUUGCUAGAGGAGCUUGCUAAAGUGAUAAUUCAUGUCGGUGAUUAUGAAAUGCAGGUGGCCAUUUCUGAGGCACUCUGUCGGAUGACACCAAAAAAACUAAGGGGGGAAUUGGCUGGCAAGUGGUUCAGCUACAGAAGCUUUGCUUCAUCUUUCACAAAAAUAAGGGUUAAAGAGUUUGAAACAGAUUGUAGGAUAUUUUUGAAUGAACUCAACAGCUAUUUUGGGAGUUUAAGCAGAGUGUUUUCAUAUCCAUGCAUAACAGCAUUUCUAGACACCACUGAGAUGUUUAAACCAGAUGAUGAACUUUUGCAAAAAUUCUGGAUAGACUUUAAUAUAGGUACAUCUUGCAUUGGCUUCUAUGUAAAUGACCCACAAGAAUCCCUGUGGGAACUUAUUCAUUUGCCUAUAGAAGCUGUUAGUUCCUACAGCUUACAGGAAUGUGGUGAUAUGAAGAUCUUGAGCAUCCACAUGUUACUUCCUGUGCAUCAUGGAAAGAUCUCUGGAAAAAUGGUGCAGGUUACCUUUGACUGUAGGCAUGACAUUCAAACUGCUGUGAACAAAGUCUUUGCUGGUGGAGAUGAAUUACAACUGAUAGAGCUGAGAAAGCAUGCUGUAUUUACGCAGGAAGAUUCAGGAAUUCCAAAUACUCCAACUGAAAUUAAACAGCCAUUCACCAGUCCCUCUAUCACAGAAACUACAGGAAGUACUCAAAGUGUGCCUGGAAAACUUUCAUCACAUAUUCAUAGGGCAUUUCCAGCAGAAGAGACCUAUUCUUUAAUAGAUGAUUCUGACACAGAGGUGACAGAUGCAAAAGCUGUAGUCUUCAGUCAGUCUGUCUCAUCUAAUGGGUCUGCCAGUUCUGUUAAGUCCUUUCCAUCUGCAAAACUUACACAAAAGAGGAAGACUAGGAUGUUUUACUCUGAAACUGACUGCUGUGUGUCACCUGGAGAGAAACUUUUGCUUAGACACAAACCUCAAUGUGACUACACCAGGAAAAGAACAAGAAUGAAGAGUAAAUUCAAAGUUCUUCCAAUUUCAUCACCAAGUAGCAGUGAAGAGAAGUUGUUUAAGGAAUCAACACCCAUCCACAAACAGAAAAUCAAGAGGAGUGAAGGAAUGAGUAAAUCACAGAAUCUGGAUCUUUCCCACCAACCCAUUGAGACCAUUGUGAAUUCAAGGUUUCAAGAUAAAAUGUGCAUUGGAGAUUCUGCCACAAAGGAGAACCCUGUUGGAUGUAUUGAAGAACAGACUUUUGAAAAAGAAAAAUCUGAACUUCCAAACAAAAGACCACUAACAUCAGUAGAGUUGGAUGCAUGUUGUGAGGAUAAAGAACAGCUCUCAUUCUCUACACUCAAACCCAGAAAACUUUUCAUCUCACCCUCUCUAGAGAGUGCUAAAGAAGCAAUAACCCAAGCAAUGAUUGAAGAUGACGAGUCUGAAGAAGAACUGAGUACUGGAAUCAUGAAUGCCUUUGAUUCUUUUAAAGCUCAUCUAAGAGAACAAUUCUCUUCCAGGUAUAAGAAGACUGAAACAAAGUCACUGAGAUCUUUGACUGACUGCCAAAAAACUGUUUCAACAUUGCUAAAAACAGUGCAUGAUCAAAGGCUUAUUCAUUUGGACUGUUUCCAGAAUGCUGUACUCCAUCAGUUGGGUCAGCUGGAGCAGAACUGUCUUUCCCUAAAGAAUAUUGAGAAAGAAACUGUGGGUUUUUGGCAUUCUCUGUCUGAUACAGUGAGAGCAUUCUGUAAUAAACAGCAGAAGAGGUUGGAAUCUAUAGAAUUACUUGGAGGGAGCAUCCAAGCCCACCAGAGGCAAGCAGAGGGAACAGAAGCAAUGUCUAGCAUGUCCACUGCAGUUCCAGAUGCAGAAACCGAAGACAAACCAAGACAGUAAAAAAGUAAAACAGUUUCUAGCUAGAAAGUACAUUAAAAUGUAAAAACUAUUAAAAACAUUGCAGAAAGUAUUUGUGAAUUGUAUGAGUUGUAUUUAAAUGUAUUAUGUUUACACAAUUUGUUUUAACACUUACAUUGCCUUGUUAUAAACAUGGGAUAUACUUUUCCUUUUACACUAAAUUCUGCAAUCAGACUAUGAAAAUGUGGCAUUUAAAAAGAAAAACAUUCUGGGUAGAAUAUUAAAGUUGACAAUGAGUUUUUGAGUAAAAUUUUUAUAUGAUUUAUAAUGAUCUGAUAUGAUUUGAUAUCUCUUCUAUAUUUCUAUCAAAUAGCUCAAUGAUCUACAUCCCUCCUCAAAUUCCAACAGAUUUUGAAAGUAAUUUAUCAAAAAAAUGAUCAAGAAUAGAUGUAAUAGUUUAUGCAAUAUUGUUUAUAAACAGUCUGUAUACAUAUGGGAGAGGGUUGUUUUUCCAUUUGCAUCUAAUACACAAUUGUAGCUGCUCUAAA